AUGAAUUCGUCCAAGCAUGAACAGGCCGUUGCAGAGUUGAAUUCAUCAGAUCGGACGACGUGUUUGAGUGCUCUUCGGUUUAUUAAAAAUAACGUUAUUGGCAAUAAGACAAAGAAAGAUCUCUAUAUUCAACUCAAUGUCAUACCAAAGCUGGUCAAAUUCCUUAGGAGUGAGGCUGAUACGCAAGUGAAGAUCCAAUCUGUAAUAAUUCUUGGAAGUUUUGCGUAUGGUGGAGAGGAGAAUGUAAUGGACCUUGUUAGACAUAAUGCGAUAAGACCUCUAUUAGACUGCAUAUCAUUGAAGAAUGACCCAAAGUUGAUUGAAGCGGCAGUGAGAGCGCUCAAGGCCGCUUACAAGUCACCUGCCGCAGACAAGAGUGAUGUAUUUCACGACGAUUAUCUUCGAGAUAUCAUCGUACUUUUGAACCUAGAUUCUCUAAAUCCAAAGACGGAUCGCGAAAAGAUCAUGGCUAUUCACAUUGCCGAAGUUGCUGCAACGAUCAUUGCUCGAUGUUGUGAUACGGUCGAGCAGCAAUUGCAAAUAGCACGCGCGGGCGCACCUUCUGCGCUAAUAAAAUUGCUUACAUGCGGUUAUUCUAAAGCUCAAGAAGCUGCUUUAGAUGCUUUGGCGUUUCUGUGUCGGGAGAAUCCCAUGUUUGGCAAAGCUAUUGUUGAAAUCAAAACUGAUACAGGGGGCAGUCCUGUUGACAUUAUGUUGAAGCUAAUACGAGACAAAUCACCGAUGAUGAGAUUAAUAGCGUCGAGAUGCUUGACGCACUUGAAUCGUUGCAAAGCAAUAGAAGAAUAUUCCGAUGAUAUAAAAUUGGGUGUCUUACCAACACUUGUCAAAUUACUCGAUGAGAAAGGGCCUGUUCAGGAAGAAGCACCUCAUGUCCUAGCAUAUUUAAUCAGAGACAAUGAAAGUCUGCAAAAGGCUGCUUGUGAUGCAGAGGCUAUAACAAAGUUGGCUCAAAUUAUUACUCAGAUUGGAAAUGAAGAACGACAAUAUUACGAUUCAGCUGAUAGUGACAAAUUAAAAGAGAACGCUCUUACUGCUCUUGCCGCAAUGAGUUCAUUGACUGACGCUGGUCGCAAACUGGUUGUAGAAGCGAAUAUAGUAACACAGAUUGUACAAGCAAUGUCGCAUCGCUCAUAUGGAGUGCGGGCUGCGGCAUGUCAAUGUACGCGGAGUCUGUCCAGAUCAGUAAACAUACUACGUACCAGUCUAAUAGAUGCGGGUGUGGCUGGUCCAUUAUUUAAGCUUCUCUCUGACGAAUCAACAGAUGUACAGACAAUUGCAUGCGCUACACUAUGUAAUAUGGUCCUCGAAUUUGCCCCGAUGAAAAAGACGGUCGUCGAAAUGGGUGGAAUAGAGAAAUUCGUAGAAUUGCUUCGGUCAUCUGACAAUGCUCUUAGACUUAAUGCAAUAUGGGCAUUAAAGAAUUUAGUGUGUUCCGCAGAAUCAGAUAUAAAAGAAUCCGUAAUGAAAAUAUUGACAUAUCCUACAAUGGCAAGCCUAAUAGACGAUCCCGAGAUUGAUAUUCAGGAACAAGCAAUUACGCUGUUGCGUAAUCUUGCCUGCAAACGACCAGUGGAUAUCGAGGAAGUAUUUAAAGGAUUGGGCGAAAAUCAAUUAAUGGAUAUAAUUGAAAACAAAUUGCUUCGAUACGAAGCAAAAGAAGAGAUCAUUAUGCAGAUUUUGUAUGUCAUUACUAAUAUCGCGAGCGGAGACGAACGACAUAAGCAAAGCAUCAUGAGUCGAUCAUCAAUACUACAAAGCAUACUCAAAUAUAUGAGCCAUGAUAAUCCGGAAAUACGCGUGGCCGCAGUCUGGUGUCUCAACAAUCUCACCCAUCCAGAAGACAAACAAAUAAUAGGAACACAAGAAAGAAUCAGACGAUUACGACAGAUGGGCUUUGAAGAGAAAAUUAAAAACAUGGCGGAAGAUGGACAUUUAGAUGUCCGUGAGCGCGUAAAGCAGGCAAUGUCUCAGUUUUCACAAGUAUAG